GGCAGCACACAAGCGUUUAAACUACCAUAAAUACAGCGAAGAAGAGGGGAAAGGACGAGAGGAGAACAUAGUUACUGCUACUGUACAGGUUUAUCUGAUUAGCACGUGAGAAUCUAAGUCAUUUUGGACCAUGCUGAGAGCUUGUCUGAGAGGAGCUAAUGCCACCGCCCGGAAGAGCUGUGGGAGAACCCCUCUAACCAACCUGCAACACUGCCGGCACUACACAUCAGGAGGGACCGGCGGUGGUGCUGCUAAAGUGGUAGCUGCUGGCUUGGUGACAGUUGGCGGUGGCGUUGGAGGUACAAUACUCUACGCCAAAUGGGACCACAAGUUCAGAGCAGCCGUGGAGAACAAUGUUCCAUACUCAGACUGGCUGCUGGGUCUGGCUUUGGGACCUUCUUUUCAAGCUACCAAUAAACAGAUGGAGAUGGUCCAGCCUCCCUCUAUGAUGGAGAAACCGCUGAAGGGGUCCAAAGCUAAGUCAGAGAAAAGCGUGAAGGAGGCAGCAGAGAGUCCAGCCAAAGAGACGACUCCUGUCCCAUCACAGCCUGCACAGAGCAUAGAGGAAGCUUCAGCAGAGGCUACUCAUAUCAUCUCAGCCAUCAGUGAAGUCUCAUCAGUCCCUGCUCCGUGUGACACAGAGGCAACAGUAGUCAAAGAGGAGUGCAAAGAGUGCCAUGACCAUGAGGAUACUCCGGCAGUAGUUCAGCCUGACACAGAGUCACCUGCAGCAACAGAAGCACUGAAAGAGCGACCAGUAGAAGAAGUGACGGCUAGACUGGCUCAACAAGACCUGGAGGAACAGGACAUCCUCGCAUCUGUAUCAGCCAGUCUUGAAGACUCACUGGCCAGCUCGGCUAAAGCUACACUGCAGGCCAUUGGUGCUCAGGAGGCAGCCCUGCAGGCUAUCACACUGCACACACUCAAACUGAAGGAGGCUAUGGAAGCAGAGGUCCCACCUCAGGAGAAGUCCGCCCAGUGGAAGGAUCUAGAAGCUGCUCUCGCUGAAAGAACCAGCGCUGUGCAUGAUGCUGGAACUGCCUUGUCAAAUGCCAAUGAAGCCUUGGACAGUCUCAAGUCAGUGAUUGACAAGUCUAAAGGGCUGAAGGUUAUUGCUGUUCGCCCACUAGUUUUAGCAGCAGAGGAGAAUCUCCAUAACAUGGUGGUGGACUUGGACAAAGUGGUCACUAAGGUGCAGUCUUCAGAGUCAGAAGCAAAGAUUGUCUCCCAGUACAGUGAACUGGUUAAUGAAGCCAAACAACAGUUCCAGAGGGAAGUGAGCAGCCUUACUCCAGAGAUCCAGGCCAACUGGAAGGGGCUCACUGGUAAACUGUCAGCGGAUGACUUGAACUCCCUGAUCGCCCAUGCACACCGUCGCAUUGACCAGCUGAAUCGAGAGCUGGCUGAGCAGAGAGUCAGAGAGCAGAUCCAUAUUGAUGCAUCGCUGGAGCAGCAGAAGCUGGAAGACCAGAAAGCCCUGGAGAAAGCUGUUGGCACGGCCCUGCAGCAUGUCAAGGAGGAAGCCCGGCUAGAGCAGGAGAGGAAGCUGUCUGAAUUAAGGGAAGUGAUGGAGGCAGAGAUGAGGACUCAGCUCCGGCGUCAGGCAGCUGCUCACACAGACCACGUCCAGGAUGUCCUGAAAGUCCAGGAGCAGGAGCUGAAAGCUGAUGCUGAACAGGUCCUGAGCAGUAAGAUGCUGGAUCAGGAGACCUGCUACCGUCAGAUGAGCCAGGAGCAGCUGGAUGGCUUCACUCUGGAUAUGAACACUGCCUACGCUAGACUGAAGGGGAUGGAGGAGGCCAUUGACAGCCAUGUGGUAGCAGAGGAGGAGGCCCGUAAAGCUCAUCACCUGUGGCUCUCUGUGGAGGCUCUUAACUUCACUUUAAAGACUGCUGACGCGGAUGUGCCAACCAAGCCUCUCGAGGACGCUGCUCAGGCUGUGCGAGACAGCUGCCAUGACAAUGACUUUGCCCUGGCUCUGGCUUCGGCCCUUCCAGAAGAAUCCCUGCAGCGCGGCGUGUACAGCGAGGACUCUCUGCGUGCCCGCUUCAACUCUCUACGAGCACUGGCUCGCCGGGUCGCUCUCAUUGAUGAAACCCACAACUCCUUGUACCAGUAUUUCCUGUCCUACCUUCAAGCUGCAAUGCUAUUUGAGGAUAAACAGGAAGCCCCACCCGCACAGCUGAGCAGUGAUGACUUAGAUCCAUUCAAGCUUCUGUCAUAUGCUAGCUUCUGCUUAGAGCAUGGGGAUCUGGAGUUAGCAGCUAAACUGGUGAACCAGCUGAGAGGAGAGGCCAGGAGAGUGGUGGAGGACUGGCUAACUGAAGCUAGACUCACAUUGGAGACUAGGCAGGUCGUCAGUUUGCUGUCUGCUUAUGCAAAUGCUGUGGGGUUAGGAACCACCCAGGCUCCAUAGGCUGCCUCUCAUGUAACGCUAAAAGGAACAAUCCACUGAGAAUCUCUCUUUUGAGUAUCAUGUAGUCGCUACAGUAGGCUUGAGAAGCGAGGUAAAGGUUGUAGCUUGCAUCUUUUUGGAGGAAAGCAGCUGGGGUAAAGUUUGAUACUAAGAAGACAUUUUCAGUGUUGUAUUCCUUUUAAAGUUGACUAAAGUUAACCAAGUGAUUUAAUGAAACAUAAGUCUAUUAUUUGUUUUAAAGCACUAAGUCACUGUGGAGGAUUAUUUGUAAAGUAUAAUUGAAGCACCCUCUCAAUCUAGUCUUGUCUAUUCAGGCCCACAGGUAUUUAUUUCUGACUAAUCCACCUCCCAGGCCCCUCCCCCAGUGUUAUAGAACAUGAAGCCUAACACUGAUUGAAGAAUAUGUCAUGCUGCAUUUUAUUUUUGUCAAUACUGCAUAUGUUCCAAUAAAUAAUGAACAAGAAAGCU